AUGAAGUCCCGAGCACUCAGCAUCGAUAGCAUUGACGAGGACAACGCGUUAAACGUGCUACCGUUUCAUAGGGUCCGCCGAAGGUUUAGUCAACGUAUCCCCACGCAUGACGACGAGGACGGUUCAGGGUCCCAAGGUGGUUUGUCGCGACCAACACUUGCUUCGGAACUCAACGUGGGAACUAUUGCGCCGUACUUGAUGUCUUCUAAUGACCACCAAGUACGGCCACUGACUAUUUACAGCAGUGCCGGUGGCAGUGGUCGCAAUAGUGCCGGUGGUGUGUCGGCUCCUGGUAGCAAGGGGUUGUCAGAGCAUGAAGAGCGGGACCACCAGAUCGAGCGCGGGCUUACUGACAUGUUGUUAACCGGGGCUGGGCCCUCCUCAUCUUUGUCAGGAGCUGCUGCAGCACCUGGUUAUUCUUCACUUCGGCCACGAAACCUGAGGCGGGAACUGACAGAUGAUGAUGGCCAGAACUUUAACAAGAUGUUAUUAAAUAAUGACGAUGAAGCAAACGCGCCAUGGAACCGGGCAUUAGGAGCUGAAGACGAUAGCUUGUCUCUGUUAUCAUUUUCAGGAACAGAAGAUGAAGAUGAGCCGCCAUCAAUUGCUCGUGCAACAAACCGAAGAAUGGCACCUUCUUCAACUGGCGCAGGAUUGGAGAAUGGGAAAUCUUUAUCAUUGCAUCACCACCAAAACGGUCAGCCAAAGUCUUUCAAUCCACAACAUGACCACCACACAAAUAAAUUUACCAAUAAUUUACCCAUCACUACCACCACCAAUACCACCACCAAUACGUUGAAUGCAAAUUUCAAUACCAACUACGAUAAUAAUACAGCCAAUAUAAACACCACUAAAGUGCAGCCACUGGAAAUCAACACGGGUCGCACGGGAUACUCUGGGAUUGGCAACAGGUACGGUCUCGGUAGUAGCAAGAGCGCUGACAAUAUUACGGCACGGUUGAUUAGUACAGUAAAAAACACAGGAGUGCUAGCGGAAGAAGUGAAAGAAAAAGAAAGGACUCAAACAGGUUUGGAACAACAGCAAACGCGACGGCCGUUGUAUCAGCCGCGGUUUCUGCGGCGGGAAGGAUUACGAGACGCAGGUCGACACGAAACCCCUCAGCAUGCAGAUGACCAUCUAGUUCCCUCACAAUCACGGUUUCAAACACAAUCACAAACAAAACUACCCUCAUUUGAGCCAAGCCUAAAGUCCCGCCCUUGGUCUGCAGGAAAUAAUAACGGCAAUAGUGCAUGGUCUGAUGCUACAGCAAUAGGUCUGCGGCGCGGACUUGUGCGAAAUAAUGAUGAUAAUACAGCCAUAGACAACCAUCAUGAUCAAGACCAAGAACGAAAUAACUGCUAUACCACGACUGCUCCCCCUCCUCAAACGACGACUCUUGGGAGGAUUGGUCGACGCCUUGGUUUGACGACAACAACAAACUCUUCCUCAUUUCUGCGACGCGACUUAGCAACCGAAGACUCCGGUGUGUUGAACGGCAAUAGUAAGGAGCUUGGUAGCAGACCCAGCAAGAUUCCAGUACCUGCGAGUCCGCGGCGGAAUUUAUCUCUAAGAGCUGCAACAUCAGCAAAGACAACAGCACCUUCUUUGGCGGAGAGCGUGGGACUGGUUAGGCCAGUGUCGCGAGGGAACACUAGGUUUGGAGUAAGUGCAGGUGCAAGUGCAGGUGCAAAUGCAGGAGCAAGUGUAAUUGUGGGUGUGGGUACAGGGAAAGAACCAUUACAAAGGCCUCGAUCUUUAUCACCUGUAGAAGGAUUAGCAAUGCAAAGGGAAAUUCAGAGAGAAGCACUUGCGGUGCAGAACGGGGGGAUUAAACAAGCUCUCUCGGGGCACAACAUUUCCAGGCCUUUAGAAUCACAUUCGGAAGCUCCUAAACAAGCAUUAAGAACGCGCUCUGAGGUACCUAAGCAGGCGCUGGAAUCGCCAUCGCCUUUGGAGCGUGGGUUGCGGCCUAGACGAUACUCUGAGGGCAGCACCGGUGGUCAUUUGGGAAAAAAACUUGCUGCUGGUUCGCAUUUUAACAGUAACGGAAAUGUGGUUGGGUUAAGUCGUUCAAGAAGUACAGCUAGUGAUGGAGGGUUGUCAAAAGUUAAUCUUGAUGCUCUAACCAUACAACCUGUAAAGAAUACUGGUAAAGAAGAUGUUGCAACAGAUGACGUGGACGUUAGUGUGGAAACACAUGAAGAAGAAGAAGAAGAAGAAGAAGAAGAAGAAGAAGAUGCGGUCACGAGAGAGUAUCGAGAUGCUAAAUGGGUUCAAGGCGAGUACACGCAAAUGUUGAGACUAAUGGAGGGGAUUGAGGAACGGUUAAAUUUAGUACGGGGCCAUAUUAUUAACCAAUCUGGGACCCCGUUGACAUUGUCUCCUAAUAAGGGGGAUGGCGUGGAAGAUGAAGAAAUGAAGACUCAUUUACAAUUCAUUAAUGCAUUGGCACCAUUACAAUUGGAUCAGCUUAAAGACUUUAUCCGGCAAACUGCAGCAGAAUUGGGCAAAGUUGGAGUUGGGCUGAAUGAUUCUAAGGGUGAGAAUGAGAAAAGGCUUGAGGUGCUUACAGAACAAGUUCAAACGGAGCCUGAGAUUAUUAGACUUGAUAAUAUGAAUAACAAGAGUCAAGGCGAAACCGGAAAAGAUAAUUUCAAUACAGAGAUUGGAAAGAAAAAAGAGAAAGGAUUAUUGGCUGGGAGUCAUGACGAGAUGCGACGGCAGUUACGGAAACAAGUAGCGGAUACUUCGGCAGUGCUCAAGGAAAAUCCUGAGAAUAUUAUAAAAACGACGACGACGACGACGACGACGGACUCUGAGUUUCGGAGACAGUGGAGUAGCAUUGAUGAUGGAAGUUUGAUGAGCAUCAAUGGAACAACAGUCAUUAAAAGUAAUAAGAAAAGGCACAGCCCUGGUGCCAUGGUUGCAGCAACAGCAGCAUGUAUUACUGGUGUUUUUCUGGCAAUAAGGGUGUACAUAUUUCUUGUCAAUUACACAGCUAUUCCUCAAUCCCCAUUUUAA